AUGAAAGCAUAUGAUUCAUUAUUGAUACUGCUAUAUUAAUCAAAUUUAUAAACUCUUAUUUUAGAUUUCAAGCCACCUAAACAUACUUCAGUUGAAAACCAAUUAGAAAUUCAGAGAACUCUGAAAGGAAAUGUGCAACGUCGUUAUAAGAAUGAUGAGUUUGAACAAAAAAUGAACUCAAAAGUAUCUCUUCCUAGUUUACCUAAUUUUAAAAAAACAGACUUAUAAAGCGAUUAAAAAUUGUUGAAUCUUUCCAAACCCCAUAAUAGAUUGCCAAAGCUUGAAGCUAAAAGUGAAGUACCAAAAUAAUUGAAAUUGGAAGAUGCAAUAAUUCAUUACAAUAGUGUGACUCCUGAAAGAAGAUUAUAGAGUCCUGACAGAUAAUUAUCAUUAAAUAAAAAAAGAUUAUUGGCAAAAACAUGGAAUGGAGGAUAAUAUGCUUGUAAAACAAAAGCUGGUUGCUUAGCUAAUAAAACGUCAAAAACUAAUCAAGAUUCUGGGAUAGUUUUACCUAAUUGUUUAGAGAAGUAAAUUUAUUUAAAAUAAGUAAGUUUAGGUUACAGUAUGUUUGGAGUAUGUGAUGGUCAUGGCUCAAAUGGUCAUUUAGUAUCUCAAUUUAUAAGGUAAGCAUUACCCAAGCAUCUCGAAAUGUUAUUAAGCAAAGAAGACAAUAAAAACAAAGCUAUUUAAAAAGCAUUCGAAUAAACUAAUAAAGAGAUAUGGGAUUCUGAAACAGAUACAUCUUUGUCAGGAUCGACAACAGUCUCUGUUAUUAUGAAAAAGGACUAGCUAUGGACAGCAAACGUUGGAGAUUCUCGAGCCAUUAUUUGUAGGAAUCAAGAAGGGAAUUGGAAGGCAAUAUAAAUCACAAGAGACCAUAAACCAAAUGUGGAAGAUGAAAAAUAAAGAGUUCUUUAAGCAGGAGGUAGAGUAGAGAGUCAAAAAGAUUAUUAUGGAAAUUCAGUAGGACCUGAAAGAGUUUGGUUAUCUUAUAUAGAUGCUCCAGGGUUGGCUAUGACCAGAAGUUUAGGGGAUAAAAUUGGUGCUUAAGCUGGAGUCACAGCUGAUCCUGAAAUAUUUGAAUUCACACUCACUUAGUAUGAUUAAUGCAUUAUCAUUGCAUCUGAUGGAGUCUGGGAAUUUCUUUCGAAUGAGGAUGUUAUGAACAUAGUUAUACCAUUUAUUGAAAAAGAUAACAUUGAUUUAGCUGCAGAUAGAUUGAUGGCUGAAUCUAUUAAUGCCUGGAAGAGACACAGUUUAGGUAGAGAUGACAUUACUUGCAUAGUUGUUUACUUAAAGAGUUGA